CUCUUCUCAUCACAGCUUGCUUAUCGUAUACCAUAUACGGCAAAAAUUGAUCAGAGAAGAGAAGACUUCAUUCUCAAAUACAGUUUUGGAGAUUUACCUACAAGCUUCUGGUCAGAUAAUGAUAUGGAGUACCCGACGGACCAAAAAUUGUCUGAAAAAGGUAGAGAUGGCCAUUUAUCGGGUAAAGACACACCGAAGAUGAAAGUGAGGACUAGUUGGGGAAAAUUUAAGGAUUAUUAUGAUAUCAUUGUAAAGAAUAAUCCACGUGCACUUCAGAGUUCAUUUACCUUUAUAUCAUCUUUGGACUGGAUUGCAUCUUCCAACCACUGUGCUUUUUCACGACAGUUAUCGAAUUGGCAAUGCAAGAACCUACUAUGUCCCGAUUCUGUUUCAAGUAACAUUUUAAUGCCCGUACAACCUCUCUGUGGGCACUUAGAAUAAAUCCAACGGCACUGCAUUGCGGAAUGGUCAUCAAGAAAACAUACCAAUAUGUGGCGUCAUCUGUACAAUUGACUAACCAAAUGCCCCCAUCCCUUGGAAAAAUGAGGAGAAGAGGGCAUGUUAUUAUGUGAAUGUGAGUGUCCGGAAAAGUUCGGAGAGGAAUAGGGUGUAUUUAUCAUUUUCGGGUUUUAGAGUUGGAGGACAACUAAGCGGUGAUUCGAUGGACAAAAUGAUAGCCUAAGCUACCCGAAUUUUCUAAAGUAUUGUUUUUCGUAACAGGACUUUGAUUACCAUA